AGUAGUAGUAGUAGUAGUAGUAGUAGUAGUAGUAGUAGUAGUAGUAGUAGUAGUAGUAGUAGUAGUAGUAGUAGUAGUAGUAGUAGUAGUAGUAGUAGUAGUAGUAGUAGUAGUAGUAGUAGUAGUAGUAGUAGUAGUAGUAGUAGUAGUAGUAGUAGUAGUAGUAGUAGUAGUAGUAGUAGUAGUAGUAGUAGUAGUAGUAGUAGUAGUAGUAGUAGUAGUAGUAGUAGUAGUAGUAGUAGUAGUAGUAGUAGUAGUAGUAGUAGUAGUAGUAGUAGUAGUAGUAGUAGUAGUAGUAGUAGUAGUAGUAGUAGUAGUAGUAGUAGUAGUAGUAGUAGUAGUAGUAGUAGUAGUAGUAGUAGUAGUAGUAGUAGUAGUAGUAGUAGUAGUAGUAGUAGUAGUAGUAGUAGUAGUAGUAGUAGUAGUAGUAGUAGUAGUAGUAGUAGUAGUAGUAGUAGUAGUAGUAGUAGUAGUAGUAGUAGUAGUAGUAGUAGUAGUAGUAGUAGUAGUAGUAGUAGUAGUAGUAGUAGUAGUAGUAGUAGUAGUAGUAGUAGUAGUAGUAGUAGUAGUAGUAGUAGUAGUAGUAGUAGUAGUAGUAGUAGUAGUAGUAGUAGUAGUAGUAGUAGUAGUAGUAGUAGUAGUAGUAGUAGUAGUAGUAGUAGUAGUAGUAGUAGUAGUAGUAGUAGUAGUAGUAGUAGUAGUAGUAGUAGUAGUAGUAGUAGUAGUAGUAGUAGUAGUAGUAGUAGUAGUAGUAGUAGUAGUAGUAGUAGUAGUAGUAGUAGUAGUAGUAGUAGUAGUAGUAGUAGUAGUAGUAGUAGUAGUAGUAGUAGUAGUAGUAGUAGUAGUAGUAGUAGUAGUAGUAGUAGUAGUAGUAGUAGUAGUAGUAGUAGUAGUAGUAGUAGUAGUAGUAGUAGUAGUAGUAGUAGUAGUAGUAGUAGUAGUAGUAGUAGUAGUAGUAGUAGUAGUAGUAGUAGUAGUAGUAGUAGUAGUAGUAGUAGUAGUAGUAGUAGUAGUAGUAGUAGUAGUAGUAGUAGUAGUAGUAGUAGUAGUAGUAGUAGUAGUAGUAGUAGUAGUAGUAGUAGUAGUAGUAGUAGUAGUAGUAGUAGUAGUAGUAGUAGUAGUAGUAGUAGUAGUAGUAGUAGUAGUAGUAGUAGUAGUAGUAGUAGUAGUAGUAGUAGUAGUAGUAGUAGUAGUAGUAGUAGUAGUAGUAGUAGUAGUAGUAGUAGUAGUAGUAGUAGUAGUAGUAGUAGUAGUAGUAGUAGUAGUAGUAGUAGUAGUAGUAGUAGUAGUAGUAGUAGUAGUAGUAGUAGUAGUAGUAGUAGUAGUAGUAGUAGUAGUAGUAGUAGUAGUAGUAGUAGUAGUAGUAGUAGUAGUAGUAGUAGUAGUAGUAGUAGUAGUAGUAGUAGUAGUAACAGUAGUAGUAGUAGUAGUAGUAGUAGUAGUAGUAGUAGUAGUAGUAGUAGUAGUAGUAGUAGUAGUAGUAGUAGUAGUAGUAGUAGUAGUAGUAGUAGUAGUAGUAGUAGUAGUAGUAGUAGUAGUAGUAGUAGUAGUAGUAGUAGUAGUAGUAGUAGUAGUAGUAGUAGUAGUAGUAGUAGUAGUAGUAGUAGUAGUAGUAGUAGUAGUAGUAGUAGUAGUAGUAGUAGUAGUAGUAGUAGUAGUAGUAGUAGUAGUAGUAGUAGUAGUAGUAGUAGUAGUAGUAGUAGUAGUAGUAGUAGUAGUAGUAGUAGUAGUAGUAGUAGUAGUAGUAGUAGUAGUAGUAGUAGUAGUAGUAGUAGUAGUAGUAGUAGUAGUAGUAGUAGUAGUAGUAGUAGUAGUAGUAGUAGUAGUAGUAGUAGUAGUAGUAGUAGUAGUAGUAGUAGUAGUAGUAGUAGUAGUAGUAGUAGUAGUAGUAGUAGUAGUAGUAGUAGUAGUAGUAGUAGUAGUAGUAGUAGUAGUAGUAGUAGUAGUAGUAGUAGUAGUAGU